AAUUUCCCAUUCUCUACAUCCUUGAACCGUUUUCUUCGUACAUCUCCAUGGCCGAAGAUGGUGAUAGCGAGUGGUCGACGACUACGCCGUCGUUUCGGUUCAGGUGGGACGUGUUCCUUAGUUUCAGAGGAGAGGACACGCGUAAAAAGUUCACUGGCCGACUCUACACCGAACUCGUACAGAACGGCGUUCGAACCUUCUUCGACGAGGACGGUCUUCUUCGCGGCCAUGAAAUCUCUCCGAGCCUCGUGACGGCGAUCGAAGACUCGGCCGCUGCAAUCGCCGUAAUCUCGGAGAAGUACGCCAAUUCCUGGUGGUGCCUCGAAGAGCUUGCUAAGAUCAUAGAGUGUCGGAAGUUGUUACUCCCAGUGUUUUACGAGGUCGAUCCCUCCGACGUUCGGCGUCAAACCGGUCCUUUUAAAGAGGAUCUUCGCAAACUAGAAGAUCGAUUCGGAGUCGAAAAGGUUCUCAGAUGGCGAAAAGCUAUGGAAAAAGCCGGUGGAAUUGCCGGUUGGGAUACCAAAGUCUGGAGGGAAGAAACGUUGUUAAUCCAGUCUUUACUCAAGAAUAUUUUGACUAAAUUGAGUAAUACUCCCUUGGGAGUGGCUAAACAUCCAGUUGGACUUAACCUUCGCCUUCAAAAGUUGAUGAUCAUGUUAGAUGUUAAAGCUAAUGGUGUUCGAGUGUUGGGAUUUUAUGGAAUGGGUGGGGUAGGCAAGACCACCCUUGCCAAGGCUCUUUACAAUAAACUUGUCAUUCACUUCAAACGACGUAGCUUUAUUCCUAAUGUUAGAGAAAAUUCACGAUUGCAUAAUGGUUUAACAUCUCUUCAAAGCAAGUUUCUUGGUGAUCUUUUAUCAAGUCCUCCCCCAGAAGUAAAUGAGGUAAGGAGUGGUAUCAUGUCAAUUAAGGACGUCGUUCACAAAGAGCCAGUGCUUGUUGUUCUAGAUGAUGUUGAUGAUGUAAACCAAUUAAAUGCACUAGCUGGUGGGAGAGAUUGGUUUUAUGAAGGAAGUCGAAUCAUUAUCACCACAAGAGAUAAGGGAGUUCUACAUGAGAACUUUGUGACAGAAUUCUACGAGGUAAAAGAGCUGACGUUUCCAGAGUCACUUGAGCUAUUUAGUUAUCAUGCAUUUGGGAGAGAGAAACCUAGCAAAGAUCUCAUUAGUUUCUCUGAGGAAGUUGUGUCGCUUACAGGAAGACUACCUUUGGCUCUGGAAGUAUUCGGUUCUUUUUUCUUUUAUAAGAGGAGUAUAAGAGAACGGGAAGAUGCAUUGAAAAAGUUGAAACAAAUUCGUCCUGGUGAACUUCAAGAUGUGUUAGAGCUCAGUUUUUGUGAGCUAGAUAUAGAAGUGAAGCGCAUAUUCCUUGACAUUGCUUGUUUCUUUGUAAAUAUGAAAAUGAAGAGAGAAGAUGCAAUUGACAUUUUCAAAGGCUGUGGUUUUAAGGCUGAAAUAGCAAUGUCUGACCUCGUAGGUAAAUCUCUUAUUAAGAUCAUAGAUGACAAUAUUUUGUGGAUGCAUGAUCAACUUGGAGACAUGGGAAGACAAAUUGUUCUACGUGAAAGCCAUGGAGAUCCUGGUAAAUGUAGUAGACUCUGGGAUCGUGACAAAAUAAUGACUGUAUUGAAGGAUAAGAAGGGAACAAGAAGCAUUGAAGGCAUCACCCUCAACUUUGAGAAGAAUUGUGAUUUAAGCUUGAAAAAUAUCUAUUGGAUGAACUUUCAAGGAUGGCCUGGUUUGGCUUCUGCAACUGCAUACUGGAAGGAAAUAUACAACAAAUCUUUUGGUGAUUGUGUGGAAAAUGAGAAUAAUGUGAUACUUAGCACUAAAGCAUUUGAACCUAUGGUUAACUUGAGGCUUCUUCAAAUUAAUCAUGUGAGUUUGGACGGGAGUUUCAAUCAUUUUUGUGCUAAAUUGAAGUGGCUGCAAUGGAAAGGAUGCCCCUUAAAAACUCUUCCUGCUGAGUUUUUUCGUCUGGAUCUUACUGUCCUUGAUCUCUCAGAAAGCAAGAUGGUGCAAAUUUGGAAUCGCAAGUGGUGGCAUUGGCACAAGAACAAGAUGGCCAAGAAGCUGCUUGUUAUGAAUCUCAGUGAUUGCUACUAUCUUACACAUAUCCCUGAUUUAUCCAUGCUUCCCUUGGAAAAACUAAUUCUUGAGCGAUGCAAAGGACUAGUUAAGAUCCAUGAAUCAAUUGGUGACAUGAGUACAUUAACUCACUUGAACAUGAAAGAUUGUUCGAGCCUUGAGGAAUUUCCUAGUGAUGUCUCUGGUCUGAAAAAUCUUGAGAACUUUAUCCUCCAUGGUUGCUCCAAACUGAAAGCAUUACCAGAAAACCUUAGUGGCUUGAAAUCUGUAAGAGAGCUUGACAUUGAUUGCACAGCAAUAGUGAAUCUACCUGAUUCUAUAUUCCACCUGAAGAAACUUGAAAGGUUCAGCUUAAAAAAUUGCGAGUCAUUGAAACAACUACCUCCUACUAUAGGGAAAUUGAGUUCACUCUUAGAGCUUUACCUCGAUGGUUCUUCUGCUUUGGAGGAAGUGCCUGAUUCUGUUGGAAAUUUGACAAAUCUUGAGAAAUUAAGUUUGAGGAGAUGUGGUUUACUGACUUCAAUACCGGAUUCUAUUGGCAAUCUCAAAUCUUUAAUUGAAUUGUUUCUUGACUAUACUUCAAUUGAGGAACUUCCAGCUUCUGUUGGUUUAUUAUCCCAUCUAAAGAUGUUGUCAGUUGAACGUUGUCGAUCUUUGAGUAAAUUGCCAGAUUCUAUUGGAGGAUUAGCAUCUUUAAAAUUGUUGCGGUUGGUAGGUACACCAAUCACAGAAGUACCAGAUCAGAUUGGCUCCUUGAAUGCUCUUGAGAAGCUUGAGUUGGGAAAUUGUGAGGAGCUGAGAUCUUUACCAAACUCAAUCGGGAACUUGUUGAAUCUCACUACUUUGUCUCUAGAUGAUACUAUAAUAAUAGAGUUACCACAAUCCAUAGGAAUGUUGGAAAGACUUGAUAUGCUGAAAUUGAAUAAUUGCAAGUAUCUUCGAAGACUACCAUCUUCCAUUGGAAGAAUGACAAGUCUGCGUUACUGCCUGAUGAAAGGAACCGUUGUGGCAGAAUUACCUGAAGAAUUUGGGAUGCUUUCAAGCUUAAGAAUAUUGGAUAUGGCAAAAUGUUCACAUCCCGAACAGGCCCAGAACAUUGGAGGAAUUUCUGAGGCCGAAGACUUAGCUGCACAAGAUAAUCUCAAACCCGUUGUUCUUCCAACAUCAUUUUUAAAUCUCUCCUUGUUGGAAACCUUGGACUUGUCUGCUUGGAAGUUAUCUGGCAAAAUUCCUGAUGAUUUUGAGAAUUUAACUUCGCUGAACAAUUUGAAUCUUAGUCACAACAAUUUUUGCAGCCUCCCAUGUAGCCUGAGAGGUGUUUCCCUUCUAAAAAAAUUGACUUUGAAUCAUUGUAAACAGCUCAAGUUUCUCCCUACACUUCCCUCAAGUUUGGUUUAUUUGACUGUUGCAAACUGUACUGCAUUGGAAAGUGUACCCAACCUGUCGAAUUUGGAGAGUUUGCAGGACCUGGAUCUCACAAAUUGCAAGAAGGUGACGGAUAUUCCUGGCCUUGAAUACCUGAAGUCAUUGAGAAGGUUUUAUACCAUUGGUUGCAAUGCAUGCUCUACAGCAGUAAAGAAAGGGCUUACUAAGGUUUCUUUAAGGCAUAUACGCUUUUUGGGUAUUCCAGGGAACCAAAUUCCAGAUUGGUUUGUCCCGGAAAUACCCAGUUUCUCAACUCAGAAAAACCGUGAUCUAAAGGGUGUGAUUGUAGCUGUUGUUGUCUCUCUUGACCAGCAGCACCAGGAUGAUUUCAGAGAUAAAGUUCCAGGAAUAGUGGAUAUUCAACUGAAGAUCUUCAGACCCAAUGAGCCAGCAUAUAAUGAUAAACCAAAACAUUCAACAGUACUUGACUUGAGGGGAAUUCCUGAUACAGAUGAGGAUCACCUCUACUUGUGUCGAUUUCAUGACUAUAAUCCAUUUGUUCGGAUUUUGAAAGAUGGUGACAAGAUACAGGUGACAAUGCGCAGCCCUAGACCACGCUUCAAUGGGCUUGAACUGAAGGAGUAUGGAAUUUAUUUGGUUUAUGAAAAUGAUGAUGAUAUUGAAGAUGAUGAUGUUGAAUCGCAAGAGUCUGUAACAGAGAGGCUGUCCAAGUUUUUCGGGUCUCUGUGAAGGAGUUUAUUGUAAUUAUCGUUAUCAUUAUUAUUUUUUAUUUCGAGUUGAUUGUGACUUUCCUUAUGAUUUAUAUUGAGGGACAGAGUGAGAGGGACCAUCAUUGUGUUGGUUGGAUUUGGUUCUUUAUUUGCUCCUUUUGGUUUGUCAAAUGAUAUUUUCUGUUUUGUUAUCAAUAUUGGUCAAAUGCUCUUAUUAAUGAGGGAGAUUCAAUGAUA